GUUCCGCUCUCGCGUCGUACACGUACAACCGACUUGCUUCGUUAGUUGCUCGUUGCUACUUGCUCCUGCCGUCGAGCCGCGUGAAGACCUAAUCUAACUGCUGGCGGAUCCUCUUUACGCGAGACGCGCACUGUGAGCGGAUCGUAUUCACGGACUCAGCACGGCAUUAAUAGACGCGUUCUAAUCGCGGUUCCUCGUCAAUCGCCUCUCACCUUCUUAUGCUACUAGCUGUGGGCAUUCGGGGGCCUUCAGUACAAAAACCCAUGAACCGUACCUAGUAGUAGCAUUCUAAAUACGCAUGUAGGACCGCCAUCAUCAUAUGUUGACCAUUAGCACGUAGGACACUGUGCACGCGGUUUCAUACCGUUCUGAUUCUGCGGCUCCAUCACUCCAUCAUUCCAUCGUACGGUCUAGAUUACGACUCGCACGACCGGCGCAUCGCGGGGAUUGUUUCAACCUCCGAGUGAGGGGCAGAACGAGAAAGACCCGGCUCCGACCCCCCGAAGGCUCCCCGCUCUGAUUCCUGCGGCUCCAUACUUGCGCACAUUCGAACAUACCGCUGACGACCAGCACAACGCGAGUUUUGUUUCAACCUCCAAGUCCAAGUCCGUCCAUGGCUGACGCUCGGCCAAGUUCUGACGUCAGGCGGCGCCGAUCAGCGCAUCGCGGUCGUCCCUAUCCAGACGAGAAGGACCGGGACCACACCAAGCCACGGGACCACCAUGAUGCUGCCACGUCAGCAGCGGGAUCCGCGGCCACGUCAGCAUCAUUGGCCAGCUCAGCUGGCGGCAGUGGAGGAGGUCUAGCCGCCGGUGGUGUUGCUGGUCCCCCUGGAUUCUCUUUCCCUGCCACCGCUGCCACAUCAGCUGCAUCAGCAGCGAUAGCCACUGGCAUGCGCCCAUCCUCGCCCAACAUCCGCCCGCUUUCUCCUCUCGCUGCAGCGCCUGAGGCAUCCGCACCUGGAGCUGGCGCUGCUGCUGCUGGCAGCAGCAUUGGGGGAGGGGCAGCAGCAGGAAGGGGUGCAGCAGGGGCGGCGGGCACAGGAGGGGGUGGUGCGGGAGGGGGUGGGUCCCAGCAGUCGCAGCAGUCCCAGCAGGCGCAGCAGCGGCACGGGGAGGAGGUGCAGCGCAUGCUGGGGGCGAAGCGGGCGGCUGUUCAGAGAGCGAGGCAGAUGGGCGCUACGGGGCACUUCAAGCCCUGCGACUCCAUGUUUGGGAACUCCCUCGUGCCCGUCAUUCCCUUCCAGCAGCUGCAGCACCACUAGCUUGAGACCCAGUAGCCACAGCAGCCCUAUCUUGAGACCCAGUAGCCACAGCAGCACUAGCUUGAGACCCAGUAGCCACAGCAGCACUAGCUUGAGACCCAGUAGCCACAGCAGCACUAGCUUGAGACCCAGCAGCCACGGCAGCACUAGCUUGAGACCCAGCAGCCACGGCAGCACUAGCUUGAGACCCAGCAGGCACGGCUGCACUAGCUUGAGAUCUCACAGUAGCAAAGUGGCUAGAACAAGGCAGUACAGGGGAUGCAUAGGUUUAGUGUUGUACCCUCUAAGAACACAAACCUAUCUAGCCUAUAACUUCUGUGUAUAAAACAUAUGUAUAAGU